GCUGCGUCUCUUAUGCCGACAGUGGGACAUGAGCUGCCCAGAGCUAGGCCACUUUGCCUGAUCUCUGCUGUGUUUCUGUGUGUGCUCCGUGUCUAAAACUCGACUCCGUCUGCUAUUACUUUGAAUUAAUCAAGACCGUUUAUCGGAUUGUCACAUAUUUCAAACGUAAACUCCGAGAAUGAUUUCUUUAUUUGGUGUGGGCGGCCGGCUCUGCAGUCAAGGCUGUGUUAUUGUUGGGUGGUUUAGUAUGCCGUCUUAUGUUCGACAACGAUACCGGUAACAAGUGCAUAUUCUUUUAGCCUCCAUAAUUGAUCACCAUACGAUCUCGGACUAUAUUUGCAUUGGGAAAUACAUUUGUGGUGACGCGUUUGCGCCAUUGCACUCAGUACUGUUCUAUGAUUUUUUGAUUGCAUGCUGCAGGAUUUGGAGGUGAAAACAGCACGGAGAUAAUUGUUUUUUGCUAUGUUUUGUUUUGUUUCCCUAAUCUUCGUACGGCCAGAAGCUAGUUUGGAGUUGUUGCUGUCCAUGAUAAAGUUAGUUUAUUUCAUGGUCUAGGCUGAUGCCGGCACAACAAGGUAGUUCGUCUACAAUCCCAGCUGUGCCAAACCGCGGCACGGGGCACUCGCUCGUGGAAAUGGUAGUCAUUGCUGUCUCUGGACAGUCUGCAACACAAGACACCGGGGGCAGCGGUAACCAGCAGAACGCUGCAAGUACUAAUACACAUACUAAUACUAAUGUUAACACCAUGGGGAGUGAUAAUGUCCCUAUCACCUGCCCGUUGGCCAUUGAAGAGGUCAGCGACAACAUCACCAGUGUCUGCCCCGAAAAUACGGCUGUUAUUAGUCAGCAAAUGCAGUCAAAUGGUGUGGCGAGUGUCGUGGAUCAACCUGAUGCAGACAACAACGUGCUUUCAGAUUCGUAUGAUCUCCCGAGACAGCUUACGUGGAACAUCAGGUGCUGUGCUGACCAGGAGUAUGCUGCUGCAACUACUGACGCAGUGGUCAACGAUCGUGGCCCCAGCACUUGCACAUCAUUGGACAUGUUCGUUUCCAGCCAGCCCGUUCGGCUUAGUGAAGAGGUGGCCAUGGGUAUGCUGAAUGUAGACAUGGACAAUAAUCUGCUCACAGGGGAAUGUGGGUCUUCUCUGGUACCUGUCUCUGUCAGUCAUCGCGUGGCUGAACACGUACCUCAUGUGCCCACUGCCGGCUCUGAAUUGCUGGCUAGUUCCGACACUGAAUCUUCUCGAAAUGACACAGAGCGUUCGCAUUUGGACACAGAGUAUUCUCAAAUUGAGACUGAGCAUUCUCAGGCUGACACGGAGUCAUCUCAGAUUGACACAGAAUCCUCUCAGAUUGAGUCUUUUCAGGUAGACAAGCGAUCUUUUCACAUCUCCACGGGGGCUUCAGAUGUUGAUCCGGAACUUUCUCAGAUUGACUCCAACGUGAGCGAUAUAUCUGAUCUGAUCAUGCCGGAGGUAGAUAGUUGGGAAGUGGGGUACUCACAAGUGGAAACAGCUGUACUGACUAACGCUAAUGUCAAGAUCCCUGAACCUUCUGAUAGAUCGGCGUCCUCUCAGCCGAAUGCUGUUUUCGUUGGUGCUUCUUCAAGUUUGCCAAAGCAUGAUAAGAUGAGUGAUCUGAUGGUUAGUGAAGCUUCAGACCAUUGCACGUCAGACCUUGUGUCCAGAAGUGAGCUUGGCUAUUCUAAUAUGAUACAGUGGGAGUCCUCUAGAUGCUCGCCAUCAAGUGAUGCUGCCACUAGUUUCUCCGAACAUGAUUUUUUCCCAGACAUUUCCGCCAGUGAUAUCCCGGACUGCCCUUCUUCUUGCGUUUCGACAGAAGAACAAGCCGACCAAGGCACAAGUCUUGAUAAAAGCGCCUGUUCUGCUCCCAAGGAGACUAGUUGUUCACCACCAAUGUCGACAGACCCCAAGAAGAACGAGCCACGCUAUGAUGAAGAGGAAGAUGAGGAAGAAGAAAUCCUGGGCUCUGAUGAUGAUGAACAAGAGGAUCCCAGAGACUACUGCAAGGGUGGAUAUCACCCUGUGAAGAUUGGGGACCUUCUCAAUAGCCGAUAUCACACCGUGCGCAAACUAGGCUGGGGACACUUCUCCACUGUCUGGCUCAGUUGGGAUCUAGAAUGUAAAAGAUUUGUGGCACUGAAGGUUGUAAAAAGUGCUCAGCACUACACUGAAACUGCCCUGGAUGAAAUCAAGCUGUUGAAAUGUGUUCGAGAAGCAGAUGAAGGAGAUCCACACAGGGAAAAGGCAGUGCAAUUGCUGGACGACUUCAAGAUUUCAGGAGUCAAUGGAACUCAUGUCUGCAUGGUGUUUGAAGUGCUGGGCAACAACCUUCUCAAGCUUAUCAUUCGUUCAAACUACCAGGGUAUUCCUCUGCAUAAUGUCAAGCUCAUCACAAAGCAGGUUCUAGAAGGCCUUGAUUACUUGCACAGCAAAUGCAGGAUUAUCCACACGGACAUUAAGCCUGAGAACAUUUUAAUGUGUGUUGAUGAAAGCCACAUUCGUAAGCUUGCAGCGGAUGCCUUGGAAUUCCAGAGGCUCGGAGUCAAGCUUCCUGGUUCUGCAGUUAGCACUGCGCCUAAAGAAAAGCCACCAGACAUGUCCAAAAUGUCAAAAAACAAGAAAAAGAAAAUGAAAAAGAAACAAAAGAAACAGGAGCAGCUUAUACAGAUGCAAAUGCAACAACUGGAAGAACUAGACAGAGAGAAAAGGAAAUCGCAAGAUUGUUCGAGCAUGAUUAUGAGUGACAGCACCAACAGUCUGCAGAAUCUGGAAGCAGAGUCAGGAGCCAGCAGCAAACCUGGAUUGGUGAACAACUCUGGUGCUGGGGGUGAUCAUGACACAAAGCUGCGCAACGGGAAGCAUGAUGCUGCUGCUAGCCUAGAGGGAGAGAACAAUACACCAGAGAACAAACAUCAGUCAAGUGUGCUGCCAAGUUCUGAAGCCGCAGAGAACAAUGAAAAUGAAGCCACUGCCUCAAUGAAAGAGGAAAAUGCCGCAGAAAUCAACGCUUCAAAUGACAACAGCAAUGAUGAUGAUGAUGCUUCCAAUCUCAACAAGUCUUCGGGGUCAGAGGGCCAUACUGCAGCCAUCGCCAAGCUUAAUGUGGCCAGCGAUAGCAACGAUGAAGAAAAGUGCAAGGCAUCUGUGAAAAACAAUAGCAGCACGUCGGGUAAUAGUAAAGAGAACAACAAUGCCAGCAAUGCGGCCAAUCCUGCCACUUCAGCCUCCGAACCCCUUUGCAAUGGACAUGCCUCUCAAUUCUGCCGUGAUUCUUCCAGCAUGGAGUCAGAAUUUGUGGGAAGAGGUGGGGAAGGAGAGCAAAUGUCGGCCAGCCCUAACAAAGACAACGGUGCUUCUUCUGAAAAUCCAGCACCGUGUGUGGCAGAAGGCAUGGCCGUUGGUGCCGGGGAGAGCUUAGUGGAAAACUCAGAAACUUGUGAGGACCUAGGUCCUCGACUUGUGAAUAGUGUUUCGGUGGAGUCUUAUGAUGGCGAAGUGGAAGACAUGCAAACUGAAGGAAAUGCAGAAGAUGGUCAGUCCAAUUCUUCUCGUAAGCCUGACCCAGUGCAUGAGAUCUGUGAUGAAUUCCCUGUCAAAAUUGCUGACCUGGGCAAUGCUUGCUGGACGUAUCACCAAUUUACGGAAGACAUCCAAACACGCCAAUACAGAUGUCUUGAAGUAUUGAUAGGAGCAGGCUAUGAUACACCAGCUGACAUUUGGAGCACAGCUUGCAUGGCAUUUGAAUUAGCCACAGGAGACUAUUUGUUUGAACCGCACAGUGGAGAGGACUACACUCGCGAUGAGGACCAUUUAGCCCACAUCAUCGAGCUCAUUGGGCCAAUCCCACGCCAUAUAGCUUUAAGUGGGAAAUAUUCUAGAGAAUUCUUCAACAAGAGAGGAGAACUGCGACAUAUUAGCAAGCUGAAGCCUUGGGGUCUGGUAGAAGUUCUGAUGGAAAAGUAUGAGUGGAGUGACAAGGAUGCUCGAGAAUUCGCAGACUUCUUGCUACCUAUGCUGUCCUUUGACCCCAAUGAGCGAGCUACCGCAGCGGAGAGUUUGAGACAUCCGUGGUUGCAGGGUGUAUGACCCAGGGGCUCCUCUGUGGCUAGCAACUUGUCAGUGUGUCUGUUUCGGUCAGUGUUUCUUCUAUUUCUCUUCGUCAUCAUGGAUGGAGCCUUUCUUCUCUUGAACCAAGAAACCUUCACAGAGGCUGCUCCUAUGUCCCAUACGUGUACAGUGAUCUUGUUUGACGUACAUAAUUUUGUUAACCCGUCUGACAUCGUACAUUAACCAAUGAAGUUCAAGUAUGAUGAGUUGAUGCCAGUAAGUUUGCUUCAGCCCCUGUGCCCCUCUAGCCCUUUGCCUCGAUUUUGGACAUGAAGAGCGUCCACCCUUUCAAAAAAAUUCGUAUUUGGAUGCAUUUACUGCAUUUUAUCUGCGAAGACGACGUGACCAGUCCAAUAUCAUUGGCGGUGUUAGAGUUAGUGGAUUCACAGUCUGCAGUAUGUGACAGCUGUAAAGUAGGACACACGGACUGGAUGCAUUUCUUGAGUGAGGAUUUCAAGUCCUCCAGCUCCUCCUCCUCCUCCUCCUCUUCAAGUCACCAGUAAAAUGGGUGUAAAUACAGACAUUCGUGUUGGUUUGUAUUUUCUUACAGUGCAGGCUGAGAAAUGAAUAUUAGUGUACUAAAUCUGGCACUUGUGUGCAACAGUGACCUGCUACAUGAGUCCGCCAUCUUGUGUUUCAAGUAUAGUCUGUAAAUAGCGUUUGUUUGUAUGGAAUCUUGAAUGUUGGGAGCAGCUCAGUGUACUGCACAAAGUGAAUGAUAAAUAACCAAGUACAUGAGUCACAGGUCAGAGUAAUAUGAGCAAGGUAAGCUUCUUUGUAAUAGCAGAUGAUGUUCAAGCCUGCUUUGUGGCAGUGAGACAUACUUUUUUUUUAUAUGACGACAUCGUCUUAUACCUGUCUUGUAAGACAUUGUUGUGCACACAUAGAUUAAAGUGUCGUAGCGGUAUCAUCAGAUCAGAGUUUUAUAGAGCUUGGUAUUUUGUACAUGACUUUGCAUGAUAAGAAAUAUUUUUACUGCCAUGGUAUUUUAUAACAAUAUUCAUCUGGCUGUUAGUGUGUGUCAUUGUGAAAGAAAUUAAAUUGACUGCUUUUGUAGUCUUUAUUUUAAAGGAAAAAGAGUUGUGCUGAAUUUAUGAUGGUUAUUACAUUAGUGAAUGCUUUAAACCCUCUAAGUGUCGGUAAAAUAAAGCCUUUGGUGUCAUGGAAAUGUGUAUGAUUUCACCAUAUUACCGUGGAAAAUUCUUGAGAACAGGCACACCCAGCAAGAAAAGGUGUAUACACUUCCAUAAUGUGGAAUAGAAAAAGAAAGUGGAGCUCAUUUGUGAAGGAAUUGAAUUUACGCUUGGCGAUUUAAAAAAAUGGAUUAACAAACUGAAAUAACAACUCAAAGCGCGGCGACAUCACAACAAAAUUUUGGACGGUUUAAUUGGCUGUCAACACUUGGAGGGUUAUGUCUCUGUGCUCUGUGCUGCAGCUUAUAUUUUGGGUCUCAUUUAUUUUGUCCUUUCAUGAGUCCUUCUUGAAAGUAACAAAAAAUAAAGCACGAGAAAGGCAUUUCAGUUCAUUUGUCGAUGUUGUUUAUUGGCAGUAUUAGAGAGGACUGUCUUUGCAACUUCAGGGUUUUGUCCCUUUGAAAAUUUAGGUUGGUCUUGUUUUUCGGCUGUUUUGUUGAAUCUUUAUUUUUCCUUCUUUAGGUUUAUUUAUUUUGUUGUUACUAAUUUAAUAAGUUUUGAAAGUUAUAUUUUGCUGUAUUAAUUUGUUCUAAUCAAGAGAAUGGAUAAUUUUAUGAAAUGCUAGAAAAAGAUGUGGUGCACUCUCUACUUGAGAAUGAUCUCGGCUCCUGCCCAUGUUUAUUGUUGCUUUGAACUGUGCACUGUUUGACACUGGGAAUGCAGUAGUGAUAGUGUGUCAUUAUGGCAUGGAUGACAUGUUUCUGAGACACUGACAGCUUCAGCAGAGAGCCGAGAAUAGACUGGAAUAGUUAACUCUGGGAUGAUGAGGCUCCUGUAAGUAUCUGAGACACAUUGAUAGCUUCAGGACGAAGUUGAGAAUAGACCGGAAUUUAAAGGGGAUUUUGGGAUGGUGGGGGGGAUCCUUUAAUAAUAUCACUCUCAUACCUGGCUGUACCCCUGCUUGUAGUUAUAUUUACUCUUUUGGUGACAUAUGGUCAGAGUUUGUCAGAGAGAAAACUGUAUGGAUUGGAAUUACUGCUGAAUGAAAAGUUACAGUGAGCUCUGAUGUUGAGAUGGUGCUCGGUUGACACAGAACAUUAUAUUGUCAAAUUCAUUACCAAUUCUUCUGGCUUAAAAUUUAAGAUGUGUAAAAAAAAACUUUGACAAAUCAUGGUCUUGAACUGCCCUGAACUGUGUGCUAUUGAAGAGUGGAAGUCCCCAGGAAACAAAUUGUUUUUUCUCUCAUCCUGGCUUCUUGGAAAGAUGAGCUUUGCUUCCCAUCCAAAGUAAUUUUGUGUAGAUUUCUAGUUGUCUUAGUUACUGAUCCAUUUGCUUUGAGUUAUCAGACUUAAUUGCACUAUUCGAGGGUCAUGGUAAUUUUAAGUUUUGUAGUGGUCUUUCCUCUUUCUUCCUUUGAUUACUUUGCCCAUUGCACUGCUGUUUGUAUUGUUUUUCCAACCAAUGUUUUUUUUUUUUUUUUUUUUAAAUUUCAUUUCAGCAUUUGUUAACUGGGUGCAUGUGGCUAAAACUAGUUUUCUUGUUUAAAUAAAAAUGGGGGCAUUCUAAUAAUACAUGGAAUUCAGGUUGCCAAACCAAGUUUAGUUGUUCAGUGUUGUUCAGUCCUUAAAUUUUGAUAAUUUUUAAUCUAUAGUUUUCUUCUUUUUUCACAUCCUCAAGCCUCAAAUAUCUGAGUCAAGCACAUCAGAAACCUGCAAUUGAAAUUUUGUUCAAGAAUGAUUCUUAGACAAUUCUGAACUGCUGAAGAUUUACUCUCACAUACGCCUACAGUAUUCAGGGUGCUCAGUGCUUCAUUGAUGAGUAGUGCAAAAUUUCAGGACACAGCAUAAUCAGGGCUAAGAAUAUGGACAGUACCGGUACCAAUUACAAAAGGUGAAAGCAUCAGAAAACUGCAUGUGCCUUUGGUGUGAACUUUGGCCAAGAAACCUUGAGCUAGAACUGAAAAUGUGUGGCAUCAUGGCGAAAUCAGGCGCUCAUCAAAAUACUAAAAUCGAAGAAAUUAACAUUUGGAAAUUUUUAUCGAUUUUUUUUCUUCUGUACGGCACCUUUUAUGUCCAUUUAAAACAAAUUUCUGUGUGGACUUUACUGAACACUGUCGACCAAAGGCUCAAAAAAAUGUAAAUUUGCAGUUUGCAUGGCCUCUCAAGCCAUUGGAGUCACCAAACAUUGGUGGCCAUUUUCUCGCUAUUUUUUUUUAAAAUCAAAAGCGAGACAAAUGAAUAAGCUUUUAGUUCUAGAUUAUAACAAAAACUCAAUAUGCGCAAAAAUUGAGAGCGCCUUGUUUUCAGUGUCGUGACACAUUAUGAAGUUUUCGCACAGGUUGUGGACAUGCAUUGUAAGAAUGUGUAGCAGUCAAUGCUCAUCUUCAGAAUUUUUGCCAUGUUAAUUGUAAUUGUCCUGAGCCUCCUUCUCAAUGACCUUCAGCAUGUUCACCAGACUUGUUUGUUUUCGUCGUUUUCCCAAUGAUCCCGUCCCAUUUUUUCUUUAUCUGUCUGUAUCUUUUUUUCCCCCUUAUCUUGCAUCCUUUUGAAAGUCGUCUUUUGUUCUGUCGUAUAUAUUUGUGACUACAAUAAGCCUUCUUUUGUCCAUAUUUUUGUCUUUGUAUUUCUAUCAUUUCUUAAAUUACAUAUUUACAUACUGCAAAUUGGUCAAUUUUUCUUUCCGGGGUGGUCUUGCUGUCCUGUGCACCAUCUUCAUUAACUUAAUGCCACAAUAGAAAGUUCAUGCAUAACAUACUGUUCAUGUGUUGCAUCUAUUUUGUUUUCUUCUCUCUGACCAGGGUCUUUGUCUGUGAUUUUUAUUGUUCUCAGAAAGAAAUUGUGGCAAUCAGAGGGAAGAAGUCUUUUGGGAAUUAUCUGUAAUGGGAGAUUUUAAAAAACAACAAACCAACAACAACAAAAUGCUGAUCUUCGGUUUCGUUUCCAGGCACAAAAAACGGCAAAUGGAUGCCGAGUUCCCUUGGCUGGUUGUUUUGUGAUGAAGAGUCAUCUGUCAAAGUCCAGUGUUUUUCUUUUGGUCAACCUCAAUGAUGUCACUGUUACUUGUUCUUGUUGCCACUCCUGCUCAGAGACCCAUCAUUAGUUGGCUGAUUCCAUCCUCACAUUUAUGAAUGCGUGUGUGAACACCAAAUGUCAUUCUGAGAAAGACUUAAAGCCUAUCCUGUCGUAUGAGUAAGAAUAUGUGAAUGUGUGUAUGUGGGGUCAUGUGCGUUUGGGUAGUGCUGUUGUAUUUUGUAUUGUGGACUCGAAUAUGCCCAUGCUGCUCCAGGCCUGUACACAAUCAUGACUUGUAUCAUUUAUCCCCUCAAAAAGAAUUAUAUGAGAUGAUGAGAACCAAUAUGGAAGUAAAUAAUGUCAUAUGUUCACCCUAUGCACAUACAUACUUUUAUGUUGUAUCAGUUCAUUGCUUAUUGCUCUGCUUGUAAGUCUCAUGACUUGACAAAUCUGGUUUAACAGUAUGCUACUUCAUUCAUGGAAAAUCGAAUUUUGGAACUUUGACAUGUUAAGUAGGAUCAUGGACAAGAUUUUUUUUUUCGUUUGUGUGAAAAAGUGCUUUUAUGUUUGAAUCUCUGUCUCAUCACGAAGCAAUUCUCUGUCAAAGGUGAGUGGGUCACUGCCUGGUAAAAUUGAUCACACUGGCUUUUUAGAGAUUUGCUCUGGAAAAUUUGUCCCCAGAUAUUCACUCAUCACAAAUUUUUCCUGAUUUUUUUGUCGAGACUUUCAUCAAGAUCUGAUUUCUUUAAAAGGAAGAGGAAAAUACCAAUGUCUUAAAUUCAACCUGCAAAACCUCGCCUGAUAUCCACAUAUUUAUUAUGUAUAGAUAUUUAUAAUAUAUAAAGAGAAGGUUAAAAAAGUCAUUUGUACUUGUAUGCAACAGUUUGAUUAGCUCCCUGUUCUUGUCCUCAAAUGUAUCAGUUGCCAGACUUCACAUUUGGUUGUCUUCAUAAAAUAAACUUCUUAAAUGCCCAGUAGUGUUCGAUUUUUUGGGGUAAAAAUGUUUCUGUCUUGUGGUGGAUGCCUCAAGGAUUACUUACGAGGACUUUGAAUCUUUUCUAUGGAAAGUAUCUUGGACUCAACUGGACCUUGCUCAGGGUCAAAGUGUCAAGAGCCCCAUCGAUUGCAGAGUUCAUGAUUGUUGUAAGCAGGCUUGGCCUAAAUAAACACAAGGAUUUAAAAUAACUGUUAAAUCAUAGAAAAAGUGUGAAAAAUUCUAG